GUACCUGCUCCUCUAUGUCGAUGACAUAAUUCUUACUUUCUCCACUCCUACCUUGACAAAGAACAUAAUCGCUACAAUGAAACAAGAGUUUCCUAUGACUGGUGGUGGGCUUAUUGAUUCAUUCCUUGGCAUCUCCGCGAUUCACAAUGACAGAGGCAUGUUUUUAAAUCAAACAAAAUAUGCAGAGGAAAUUUUGCUACGGGCUGGGAUGCAGGAUUGCAAUCCAGUUUCAACCCCGGUAGAUCUCAAAUCUAAACUUGCUGAAGACAUAGGCAAACCAGUGGACAAUCCAACUCAAUAUAGGAGUCUUGCAGGUGCAUUACAGUAUCUAACGUUUACGAGACCAGACAUUGCGUAUGCGGUUCAACAAAUAUGCUUGUUCAUGCAUGAUCCACGAGACCUACAUUUACAAGCUCUACGUCGUAUUCUACGCUACAUACAAGGCACAAAAGACAAAGGGUUACAUCUUCUUAAAAAUCAGAACAUGACGAUGACUGCGUAUUCGGAUGCUGAUUGGGCUGGGUGUUCUUCUACUCGUCGAUCUACCUCUGGGUUCUGUGUCUUCUUGGGUGAUAAUCUUCUGUCUUGGUCUGCAAAACGGCAACCUACUGUUUCUCGAUCAAGUGCGGAGGCAGAGUAUAAGGGCGUGGCAAAUGUUGUUGCAGAGACUUGUUGGCUUCGAAAUCUUCUUCUUGAAAUGCACUGUCCUCUCCGACGCGCCACCAUAGUGUAUUGCGACAACAUCAGUGCGGUCUAUCUCUCUUCUAAUCCAGUUCAACACCAGCGCACUAAACACAUUGAGAUUGAUAUUCAUUUUGUCAGAGAAAAAGUCAGAGGGUGUUAGACUUUGUAGAAUAUUCUGAUUUACGUUCCUAUAUUUUUGGGAUUGUUCUUAUCAUAUCUUGGAACAAUCUUGUGUAUAUAAACCUAUGUAAAUCUGUAAAUCAAUCAAAGAAAUAUUUCCCACUUUCACAAAUCAAGGCCCCAGAGAGACCCACAACUCGUCGCUUCUCGUCGGAGCUCCAGAGAAGCCAAGGACUUCCAUGGAUUAUGUUAGAUCUCGAAGAGAAAUCCAGAGCAUCCGAGCAAGGAGAAGAGAAAAGGCAGGGACCGCAAAGGAUAGAGGCUGGAACGAGAACUCGAAAUCGUUGUCCGACGGUGACCGGAGACGGAACGUCACCAGCCACCGCGAAAAGCAGGAGAAUCCGGGGGCGAUUCUAGGGUUUUUGACAGUGGGAAGGAGAGACUCUCGAGAGAAUAAUUCUCUCUCUCUUGUUUUUCUACGUAGAAAGUUUUUCAAUGGCACAUAUUCCAUCAAAUUUGAACUGGGGUGUCCAACAUUCUUAUUUACUUUACGUUACAUCUAACAAUUUUAUCUGGAAUUAAAGUGAUAGGAGUAAUGAAAAGACUCCUUGACAAAAGAAUGUAACACGUAGUUAAUAAAACAUUUAAUGCCGGUAAUCAGCGACUUCAAUAAUGACAGUUGACAAUCAAAAGUAAAGGUUAUUUCCGUAAAUUCAAAUAUGAACUGCAAUUAGGCUCAUACCAUCCUAAAGCCCAGUAUCUAAGGCCCAUACUAAGAACGCUGUCGUUUCGACUCCGUUCUUUUCUCUCUCCAGUCUCCACUUUCUUUCUCUCUCUCUCUCACACAUUACAAAACGGUGAGUGUGUGAUUCUCACUCACUGUAACCACUUUUGCUAUUUAGGGCACUGCUCCGGCGAGGAGGCCAAAAAAAAAAAAAAAA